AUGACCCGCCCGAUCGCCUCAGGCUCCUCGUCGCCGUUGACCUCGCACAGCUCAGGCUCUCACACGAGCUCGCUGAGUCGGGGACCGGCUUCCCGCUUAGCUGCCCGCCGCCAGCAACUCGGCGACCAUGUCGGUACAGUGGCGGCACUGCAGCGCGACCUCUCGGCCGACGUCGACGACCUCCGCUCCGUGGGAGGCUGGGACCCCCUCACUGCGCACGGGGUCGAGACGUGGCUCGAGGACCGAGGGAUGAUCUUCCGUGCUCUGAGGCUCCCGCUCGCAGAGUAUACUGACAUCCAGCGCAACCGUUUCGACAUCGAAGCCGCCCACAACAAACUUCUCGAUGCACUCGCGGCCCGUCUAAACCGAGGAUUGCAUGGUAGCAUUCCACCCCCGCCAACGCCACUCUGGACACUUCUGCCGUACGCCGGCCGAAAAGCCUGCGUCGACCACCUCGGCCACCCGGUUGUCGUUCUCAGCCUUCGUGACGUCGCGCGAGAUGACACUGGGUCUCUCGACGAGCUGAAGGACUGGACGUGGUGGGGCCUCGAACUCGUGCGCCGUGCACUGAAGGAGUACUGGGUCGACGGACGCAGAGGGACCGGAGCCGAAGGAGCGGUGCUGAUCAUCGAUGCCGCGAAUGCGGGAUACCGCAACUUGGAGGUCGAGCUGCUCCCGACGCUGUUCAACGUCGCCCGCGACAGCUACCCCGGCGAGUUUGAGAGCGUCUACGUCGUCAACGCAGGGUGGUCCCAUCGGGCCAUGUGGAACAACAUCCUGAAACGCCUGUUGCCACGAAGUGCCGUCGAGAAGAUCACCUUCCUCGAGUCGCGCCACGACACCGAAGCGGUGUUUGACCUAGACACGCUACCCAAAGCUCUGGGAGGCGACGGCCCACCAGUCGACCACGAAACCAUGCUCCACCACCUCUCAAUCUCCCGUUCUCGACCGUCAUCACGUGUCAACUCUCGCGCACCAUCACGGAAGGGUUCGCGAGCCCCGUCGCGUGAGCCGCCAAAGUCGCGCAACAGCCUCAGCCGAGCGACGUCUGCGACUUCGAUGGCCGAUGUCUUCUUCACCGCUCCGGCCUCCCCCGCCAACCUGAGCCGGGCCGGAUCGAGGGCCCCGUCGCGGAAGAGCAGCCACCUGAUGCUGUCGCAGCUGAACCACAAGCUCGCCAUGACCAAGCACGAGGAGGAAGAGGCCGCGACAGUGGGUGGCGAUCCGUCCCGGGCGUUCGAUUACAUGCGCGGUGAGGCCCCGAAAUCGCCACUCCCGGAUGAGCCUGCGGUCCAGUCACCGCUGCAUCGCAUCAAGUCGUUAUCAGACUUCCACCUGUACCUCUCGCCAUCUCGCUUGGCCCACCGCGACCUGCUGUCCGACUCGGAAGACGAGGGCAGGGACCAGGUCCACAUUCGGCCACCGAUCCAGCGCCGCCGCUCGCUCCAGCCUGCCUUCAUGGAAGGAUCGACGCUGGCCGCCCGUCGCGCCGCCGCCCGCAACGCCCAGCUGUCCACCGCGCAGCAGAACUACACGUACUCGCUCUUAGAGCACCACGCACAGGGCCUCGAGCGCUACAAUCCCGACGUCUUAACCCUGCCAGCGCUGCUGUUGCCCGAGGAGGAACCGCCGGCCACGACGCCCACGACCCCAAUCGAAGAGGCCGAACCCGUCCCUGCCGUUGGCCACUUUGCAGAGGAGAACCCGUGGUUCGGGUAUCCCGUCGUGCGGACGAGCGACGGUCAGGUGCGUCCGCGAUACGGGCGCAACCGCAAGCGUGACCUCAUCAAGACGCUGCUGUGGCUGUUCGUCAUCCGAUUGCAGUCGUGGCGCGAUGCCCUCGAGCGAGCGAUCGCACGCAUGCUUGGCCUCAAGAGCCUCGGAUACCCAUACUUUGAGCGCAAGCGCGUCAAGGCCGCGAAUCCAACAGCAGGCCUGCUGCGCACGGCGCAGGAGAAGCGGGCGUCGUCCUCGCGGGCCGUGGUCCGCGCGACGAGCCGGGACUGGAUCUGGAUGCUGAUCGGCUUCCUCCUGAUGCGGGGGAGCUGGGCGCCGCUGCUCGCCAACCCGCUCGAGGCGGUCGGGCUAACAGGUCUGAAGGACUGGCUCGGCGUGACGCUGCCGUGA